GGUGCCACUUCACACCUCGGUCCCCGCAUAAAGCCGGGGCGUCCGAGGGUCCCGGCACACGGCCCCACAGCCAUGGCCCAGGCGGCAGCUCCCGGAGCCCCCACGGCGGCUCUGCUGCGGGACUGGGGCUUCCGCGGCCCCCCCGACCCCGAGGGCUACAGCAGCAGCUCGCCCGCAGCCUCACCGGGCUCCUGCGGCCUCGCGUCCCCUGCGGCUGCCUGCGGGCCCCACCGCGGGCCCGGGGGCAAGAAGAGGGCCCGGUGCGGGGGUCCUGGGGGCCCGCGGCAGAGCGCCAGCGAGCGGGAGAAGCUGCGGAUGCGGCGGUUGGCACAGGCCCUGCUGCGGCUGCGGCACUACCUGCCCCCCGCGCUGGCACCCGCCGGGCAGAGCCUGACCAAGAUCGAGACCCUGCGCCUCGCCAUCCGCUACAUCGCCCACCUCUCCGCCCUGCUGGGGCUCAGCGAGGAGGCGCUGGCGCAGCGAAGGCGGGGGGCAGCCCCCCGGCACUGCCCUCUCUGCCCCCAGGGCCUGGGGUGCUGCCAGACCCCCGACCCCCGCCUGCGCCCACCAACCCCGCGGGGCGCUCCGUCCCCCAGCGCUGUGGGCUGGGGGUCACCCCCUAUGGUGGGGACCCCCCUGGAGCUGCACGGGGUUCCUGACGUGGGGACAGGGCCCUGGGGGUCACCUGCCUGUGACCCUGCUGCGGGGACCUCCCCAGAGCUGCAUAGGGUUCCUGAUGUGCUUGGGGCUCCUGGCAUGGAGGCAGAAGCUUGGGGGUCACCCCCGUACCUCCCUGUGAUGGGGACCCUCCCAGAACUGCACGGGGCUGUUGCCUCCAACGCAUCCUCCUGGUUGACCCCCCCUCGCUGCGCAGGGGCAGGGCCCCCCCUCCCCAGUGACACCAUCCUGGACGCGGGACUGAUGCUGCCGGAGUUCACGGAUGCAGGGACGGUCACCCAGGAGCUCUCUGCGGACCUGCUCUCUCUCUUGGAGGCUCUGCUCCCACCACAGCCCCAGGACUGACCCAGAUGAGACCCCAGCUCCCCGGUGUGACGCAGCCAC